AUGGAUCCCAGCAGUGACUACCAUUUCCUCAAUCAGAUUUUGUGGAGAAGAGUGAAACUCACAUUGGUUUGUGGCAUCUUCGAGGGCGUGCUCCAGCAUGUGGACCCUAACAAGAUUGUUGUCCUGAAGAAAGUGAAGAAUGUGGAGACAGGCCGGAGUGUUCCAGGAGUGAAGAUGUUUUUUGGGCAUGAGAUUGUGAAUGUGGAACUGCUGGAUGAAGUGGAGCAAGGUGCAGUGAGAGAAAAGGCAUCUUCUGUUAGUCUAAAUACAGAAAGAGCCAGGAUAGAUAAAAUGAAGGAUGAAGACCUAAAUGUGUGCGAGCCUGCUUCACCUGCCUCUGAGGCGCCAACUACCUCUUUGCUAAAUGACCUGAAGUAUAGUCCAUCAGAGGAAGAAGAGGUGACAUACAUAGUCAUUGAUCAGUUCCAGCAGAAGUUUGGUGCUGCAAUGCUCCAUAUCAAGAAGCAGAGUGUCCUGAGUGUGGCUGCAGAAGGAGCUAACGUGUGCCGCCAUGGGAAACUGUGUUGGCUUCAGGUGGCCACAAAUAGCCGAGUUUACUUAUUUGACAUUUUCCUUCUGGGAAGUCGAGCUUUCAACAAUGGACUUCAGAUGAUAUUAGAAGACAAGAGAAUUCUAAAGGUCAUCCAUGAUUGUCGCUGGCUUUCCGAUUGCCUCUCUCAUCAGUAUGGAAUUAUGCUAAAUAAUGUCUUUGACACACAGGUAGCAGAUGUCCUUCAGUUUUCCAUGGAAACAGGUGGCUUUCUUCCAAAUUGCAUCAGUACUCUGCAGGAAAAUUUAACUAGACACCUUAAAGUAGCCCCUAAAUAUCUCUUCUUUCUAGAAGAAAGACAAAAACUGAUUCGGGAGAAUCCAGAAGUGUGGUUCACAAGACCUCUUCCACCCUCUUUGCUGAAAAUUUUGGCCCUGGAGGCAACCUACCUGCUACCCCUUCGCUUGGUACUUAUGGAUGAGAUGAUGUCUGACCUAACUACCCUGGUGGAUGGGUACCUAAACACCUAUAGAGAAGGGUCUGCAGACCGGCUUGCAGGCAUGGAGCCUACAUGUAUGGAGCUUCCAGAGGAGCUACUUCAACUCAAGGACUUCCAGAAGGAGCGCAGAGAGAGAGCUGCAAAAGAAUAUAAGGUGAAUGCAAAGGGACUCCUAAUAAGGACUGAGCUACGCCCAAAGAAAUCAGUGGCAGAGACAACAGGAAAAGAGGAAAAAGUCAGAGGCUUCUUAUUUUGUAAAAAUUCUAGAAUAGAUAAAGCUCCAAGUUUUACAUCUCCGGAAUUUCAUGAGGAUGUGAAUUUUUUGAAAGAAGGAGCUAAACAAACAACAGUGAAGUCUCAUCUACCUCCCAUAAAGGAAGGAGAAGCCAGUGACAAUUCCAGUAACAAACUCAUUUGUCCUGAGUUAAAAGGGUUAAAGGAGCAAAGAAUAACUCAGAAAGAACACUUUAUAAUACCCAAGCAUGAGUUCCAGGCAAGUUUUUCUUUGAAAGAAGAGAUAGAACAGUUAUUGAUGGUGGAAAAUAAGGAAGAUUUCACAUGCACAAAGCAAGAAGUUUCAGUGUCUUCUUCUCUUCCUCAGGAAACCAGAGUGUCACCAGCUGAUACCUUUCAUCCUUUCAAAAAAGCUGUGAUUUCCACACUCCCUCCCUGUCCAGCUUUGGAGAAAACAGAUUCAUGGAUAAAUCCUUCUUUAAAUCUGCCUUAG